AUUUAAUCAGUCAAAAUGCAGGACCCAAAUGAAGACACAGAGUGGAAUGAUAUCCUGAGGAAAAAAGGGAUUCUUCCUCCCAAAGAGGUACCCAAAGAUGACGAAGAGGAGGAGCUGGCCCUCCAACAGCAGUCUAUCGUUAAAACGUAUGAGGACAUGACGCUGGAAGAACUGGAAGACAACGAAGAUGAGUUUGGUGAAGAAGACGAAGCUGCCAUUGAAUUGUACAGACAGAAGCGGAUUGCAGAGUGGAAGGCGACUCAGGUGAAGAACGUGUUCGGUGAGAUGGUGGAAAUCUCAGGGCAGGAUUACGUCAAGGAGGUCAACAAGGCCGGAGAAGGCAUCUGGGUGGUUCUGCACCUCUACAAACAAGGCAUCCCUCUGUGUACCCUCAUCAACCAGCACCUGGGCGCGUUAGCCAGGAAGUUUCCUCAGACCAAGUUCCUCAAGUCCAUCUCCACCACCUGCAUCCCCAACUACCCAGACCGCAACCUGCCCACCAUCUUCGUCUACUUUGAGGGAGAGAUGAAGGGCCAGUUCAUCGGACCGCUGGUGUUUGGGGGCAUGAACCUAAAAGUUGAUGAGCUGGAAUGGAGGUUAUCAGAGACCGGCGCUAUAAAGACAGACCUGGAAGAAAACCCUAAGAAGCAAAUCGAAGACAAGCUCAUGACGUCGAUCAGAUGUUCGAUGCCUUCAGGAAAGGACAGUGACUCUGAGGACGAGGACUAGUAGUUACUCGAAAACAGAAAUCCCUCUCAUUUGCUACAUUAGAAGAGCUUAUAAAGACCUGACGGUUUGAGCCGGGACAUCAUCUCCUGUGUGUUAUAUUGGUGUUUUGACUGUGAUUCAGAGCUAAUCCUGCUCAAGGGGACUGGUACAGGACCUUCUGUGGGAGAGAAUCAAACCUUGCGGCCGUCUGUACCGUCUGUGGGAAAACAGCCAAACUGUCACUCUUUUUUUAUUUCAAUGAAACUCCAUCCACAAAAGCAUCAGACAAAUUUAAAGUUUUUUAUUAUACAUUUGAUAAUUAUGUCACAAAUAUACGUCUGUUUAAAUCUGUUCAAUUAAAUGUGAGUUCACCUCUCUGCCACAUCAA